UUCCACCAAAUCGCUCUCUCUUUCACCGUUGUCUCGUAAACCCUGAACCCAAAGGGUUCCAUUCGUAGCAUCUUCCUCCCUUAACCUACCGAGUUCGCCCACCCGGAACUGCCAACUGAGUCGUGACUCGCUUCCUUCACAUUGAACCAUGCAAGUCGUCUCCAACGCUCGCCGAGUUUCUCGGCUCUUCCUUUCGCCUCAUCUCCGAAACUCCGAAGCUCUCUCCCUUUUCUCAGGGUUUACGCAACGUGAUUGCCGGCGAGUGUCAACUGAUCCAAUACACUGCUUCUUGUCGAAGGCUUUUUACUCUACUGGAGUGGAUACCGUUCAAGGAGCUCCUACAGAGGAUGUGAAGGAAUUAUAUGAUAAAAUGAUUGACUCUGUAAAGGUUAAACGGUCGAUGCCUCCGAAUGCUUGGCUGUGGUCAAUGAUUGCAAAUUGCAAACACCAUCACGAUAUUAGCCUUCUAUUCGACAUUUUGCAGAACCUCCGCAGAUUUAGGUUGUCCAAUCUUCGAAUUCAUGACAAUUUUAAUUGCAAUCUCUGUCGAGAAGUUGCCAAGGCUUGUGUUCAUGCAGGAGCUCUUGAUUUUGGAAAGAAGGCUUUGUGGAAGCAUAAUGUCUUUGGUCUGACCCCAAAUAUUGCAUCUGCUCACCAUUUACUGCUGUAUGCUAAGGACCACAAUGAUACUAAACUAUUGGUGGAUGUAAUGAAACUUAUUAGAAGGAAUGAUUUACCAUUGCAACCAGGCACAGCAGAUAUAGUUUUCAGCAUAUGUUAUAAUACAGAUGACUGGGAGUUGAUCAAUAAGUAUGCAAAAAGGUUUGUUAAGGCUGGUGUAAAAUUGCGACAAACCUCAUUUGAAACAUGGAUGAAUUUCGCUGCCAAAAGAGGAGACACCGAGUCAUUGUGGAAAAUAGAAAAAUUGAGAUCUGAUUCAAUGAAGCCACACACUUUGGCAACUGGAUUUUCUUGUGCCAAGGGUCAUCUGUUGGAACGUAAUCCCAGUGGUGCAGUUGCUGUCAUUCAAGUUCUAAAUCAGACCCUGUCUGAUGCAAAAAAGUCAGGCAUCAAGGGUGAACUUCAGAAGCUUGUAUCUGAGUGGCCUUUGGAAGUUAUUAAGCACCAAAAAGAAGAGGACAGAAAGGCAUUAGCAGCCUCUUUGAAAUCUGAUAUCCUUGCUAUGGUUAGUGAGUUACUGAGCUUGGGGCUUGAGGCAAAUGUAAGUUUGGAAGACCUAGACAAGAAGGAAGGUGUUCCACAAUAGCAUGGAGCUCAGAAUUUGAUGACAUUAUGUUUUAGAAUGUGCUUGUUUGCGGAGUAACUCCUUAGCAGGAUGCUUUCUAGCCCUGGUUUGAUACCGAGCCUGCGAUCAUAGCAAAUGUUGAUUACUAAAUUAAAAUUAUUAUUUUGCUUCCAUUCUUACCAUUUGUUAUUUUAUGUCCAACAAGUGCUUGAGGCUUUGGUAGCAUAUCAGUUAGAUUUAGUUAGUGUUUUGAGAUCUGAAAUUUGCAAUUUUUGUGAACCGGUCGAGCAAUGUCCGGUGUAACAUUAAAUUGUUCGACUUGUAGUCUUGAACGACUAAAUUUUUUUUUCUUCUUGGAUUCUAGGUAAUAUGGGUUAAUUUGAUUAUUUAAAUGCUAAAUGAUUGUGUU